AUGGCCAUCUCCGAUAUGAAUAGUCUAUUGAACUUCACGACAUUCCAGAAUGUCAUCAAUAAUCAACUGUCCUCGACCGCCGUGACUCGUAAUGGUAUCAAUCCAGCCACUGAAGAGCCCAAUCUCGAGGUCCCUAUCGCCACUAAGGAGGAUCUCGAUAACGCAGUCCAAGCAGCCCGCACGGCUUUCAAGUCUUGGUCUAAGACUUCUUUCCAAGAGCGCCGAGCUGCCCUUCAUGCCUACGCCAAUGCGAUCGAAGCUAACAUCGAUGGAUUCUCUAAGACUCUCACCAUGGAGCAGGGCAAACCAUUGAGUCAGUCUAGGACUGAAGUCGGUAUGGUGGGCACGUGGAUUCGGGGACUCAGCAGCAUUGAGAUUCCCACAAACACCAUUGAAGACACCGAAGACCGCAAAAUCAUCCAACGUUAUACACCUAUAGGGGUGGCGGGUGCGAUUGUGCCUUGGAAUUUUCCGGUGCUCCUAGCUAUCGGGAAGAUCGUAUCUGCUGUGUAUACCGGAAACACAGUUAUUGUGAAACCAUCACCGUUUACCCCAUACUGUGGUUUGAAGCUAGCGGAGCUAGCAACUCAAUUCUUCCCACCGGGUGUAAUCCAAUGUCUAAGUGGAGACGACAGUCUGGGGCCUAUGAUGACUGAACACCCUGGUAUCGACAAGAUUUCCUUCACUGGAUCAAUUGCCACGGGUAAGCGUGUCAUGGCUAGCUGUUCUAAGACCCUGAAGCGUGUUACACUUGAACUGGGUGGAAAUGACCCAGCGAUCAUCUGCGACGAUGUGGAUGUCGAUGCGAUAAUCCCCAAGGUCGGAGUUCUCUGCUAUUUAUGUAGUUCCCAGAUAUGUAUGAUGAUUAAACGGCUCUAUGUGCACGAGAAGAUCUACGACCAGUUCUUACACAAAUUACUCGCAUUUGUCAAGACUCUCAAGGUUGGCGAUGGCACCGAAACCGACGUUUUCUUCGGCCCGGUCCAAAAUAAGAUGCAGUUUGAAAAAGCUAGGAACCUCUUAAAUUCCAUCUCCACCGAGAAGCUCAAGGCUGUGCUUGGGGGCUCGGUCGAAGAGUCAAAGGGAUACUUUAUCCAGCCAACGAUCAUCGAAAACCCUCCCGAGUCCUCGCGUGUGGUUCAAGAGGAGCCUUUUGCACCUAUCCUUCCCGUUAUGCAGUGGUCGGAUGAAGAGGAUGUGAUCCAGAAGGCUAACGCGAUGGGAACGGGAUUGGGCGCCUCGGUCUGGAGCAAGGACUUUGGCCGUGCUACUCAUAUCGCGGACCAAUUGGAGUCAGGUAUGGUCUGGGUGAACACGCACUUUGAUGUUUUGCCUACGGUACCUUUUGGUGGGCACAAGCAGAGUGGUAUCGGUGUUGAAUGGGGUUUGAACGGACUAUUAACAUACUGCAACUCGCAGACACAAUGGUUAAAGCAGACCCUGUAG